UCCGUUCAAACAAUGUGCCUGGAAGCGCAUGCGCUGUUAGUGCAGGUUUGGAGUUGAAAAAGUUCCAUUAAAAGUUUUGGAAUUGUACGGUUAGGGCGACAGAGCAAAGCGCAGUGAGGACCGUGCGUCAUACACAUUGUAUAUACGGGUUUAAAUUGCAUUGUGUUUUUUUGUUUCUUUCUUUGAACAUUUGGGCUUUUUAAAAGGCAAUUCAAACCCAUGUUAUAAGAGACUAGGAAAAUGUGGAUACUCCAAAUCGCCACGAUUUUAGUUGUCUGGGUGCACGUCCUUGCCCAGGGACCCCAGUUAAGUUACGGCUGUGCUGAGGGAAGUUGCUACCCGGCCACAGGUGACUUGUUGAUCGGAAGAGCGGACCGGCUUUCUUCCACCUCCACCUGUGGUUUGUUAAAACCUGAACCCUUUUGCAUUGUUAGCCAUCUGCAGGAAGAGAAGAAGUGCUUUGUUUGUGAUUCCAAGGAACGGUAUGAUGAGAAUGUAAACCACACAACCAGCCAUGGCAUUGAGAACGUUGUAACAACAUUUGCACAUAACCGUUUAAAAACCUGGUGGCAGUCUGAAAAUGGUUUGGAAAAUGUUACCAUCCAGCUGGAUCUGGAGGCAGAAUUCCAUUUCACUCAUCUCAUUAUGACCUUUAAGACAUUUCGUCCAGCUGCCAUGUUGAUUGAGAGCUCUUCUGAUUUUGGGAGGGCCUGGCAGGUGUACCGUUAUUAUGCAUAUGACUGCGAAUCUGCAUUCCCAGGUAUUUCUGUGGGGCCAAUGAAGAAAGUCAAUGACGUCAUCUGUGACUCCCGCUAUUCGGACAUCGAACCUUCUACAGAAGGAGAGGUUAUCUUUCGAGUCUUGGAUCCCGCUUUUAGAAUUGAUGACCCUUACAGCCCCAGUAUCCAGAAUAUGUUAAAAAUCACCAACCUGCGGAUCAAUCUUACAAGACUACACACCUUGGGAGAUAACUUGCUGGACUCAAGGAUGGAAAUCAAAGAAAAAUACUAUUAUGCCAUCUAUGACAUGGUAGUCCGUGGUAAUUGUUUCUGUUAUGGGCAUGCAAGUGAAUGUGCUCCUAUAGAUGGAACUGGAGAAGAUGUUGAAGGAAUGGUACACGGGCAUUGCAUGUGCAGACACCACACCAAAGGUUUGAACUGUGAGCAAUGUGAGGAUUUCUACCAUGAUCUACCCUGGAGGCCAGCUGAGGGGCGAAACAGCAAUGCUUGUAAAAAAUGUAACUGCAAUGAACACUCAUUCACUUGUCACUUUGAUAUGGCUGUGUACAUGUCCACGGGAAACGUCAGUGGAGGGGUAUGUGACAGUUGUGAGCACAACACUAUGGGACAUAACUGUGAACAAUGCAAGCCUUUCUUUUACCAACAUCCAGAGAGAGAUAUCCGUGACCCCAUCAUCUGUGAACAAUGUAACUGUGACCCAGUUGGUUCCCACAAUGGUGGAAUCUGCGAUCGCUACACUGACUUCUCUACUGGUCUCAUUGCUGGACAAUGUCGCUGCAAACCAAAUGUUGAGGGCGAGCGUUGUGAUCAGUGUAAAGAAGGGUUCUAUGGGUUAAGUGAUGAUCCCUUGGGGUGUCAGCCUUGUACAUGCAGUCCUUUGGGAACGCUUCCUGGAGGAAAUCCAUGCAAUGUAGAGACAGGAAACUGUUACUGCAAACGCUUGGUAACUGGGAGGAACUGUGACCAGUGUCUGCCACAACACUGGGGACUGAGCAACGACCUGGAUGGGUGCAGGUCUUGUGACUGUGACCAUGGUGGAGCGCUCAACAACAACUGUUCUGCAGCAACCGGACAGUGUGAGUGUAGGGAGCAUAUGUUCGGACGCCAGUGCAGCGAAGUUGAAUCUGGGUUUUACUUUAUUGCACUCGAUCAUUAUACGUACGAGGCAGAGGAUGCCAACUUUGGCCCAGGAGUGAGCAUAGUCCAGAGACCCUAUCCUCAAGAUCGGACACCAACUUGGACAGGAAUCGGGUUUGUGAAUGUUCCAGAAGGAGCCUAUCUAGAAUUCUAUAUUGACAACAUCCCCACUUCAAUGGAGUAUGAUAUUCUAAUACGCUAUGAACCUCAGUUACCAGAUAAGUGGGAAGAAGCCGUAAUAACUGUUGUUCGCCCAGACAUCAUUUCUACCAGCAGCAGAUGUGUGAAUACAGUGCCUGAUGAUGACAACCAGGUGGUAUCUCUGCAUCCAGGUUCCAGAUAUGUAGUCCUGCCACGCCCUGUGUGUUUUGAGCAGGGACUGAAUUAUACUGUCCGCCUGCAUCUGCCACUUUACUCCCCUCUGAAUGAUGUCCAAUCCCCAUACACAUUGAUUGAUUCUAUUGUACUCAUGCCUCACUGCAAUGCAUUAGAAAUGUUUACCAGUGGUUCAGGGGAGGAUGUUGCUACAAACAGUGCCUGGGAAACCUUCCAGAGAUACCGCUGCCUGGAAAACAGUCAAAGCGUGGUGGAAACUCCAAUGACUGACAUCUGCAGAAACAUCAUCUUUAGUAUUUCUGCACUGCUUCAUCAAGGAGCGUUGUCCUGUCAGUGUGAUCCUCAAGGGUCUCUUAGCACAGUGUGCAACCCCAGUGGAGGGCAGUGUCAGUGCAGGCCUAAUGUGAUUGGGAGAAACUGUGAUAAAUGUGCUCCUGCGACCUACUUGUUUGGACCCAGUGGCUGUAGAUCCUGUGAAUGUAACCCCCAGGGCUCUUAUAACUCGUUCUGCCAUGUUGAGACUGGACAGUGCCAGUGUAUCCCUGGAGCCUAUGGCCGUCAGUGUGAGAGAUGUCUGCCGGGAUACUGGGGAUUUCCCAACUGUCGUCCCUGCAAUUGCAAUGGGCAUACCGACCACUGCGACCCCCAGACUGGAGAGUGUGUGGGCUGUAAGGAUCAAACCACAGGCCGCACCUGUGAUAGGUGUUUAACAGGUUACUAUGGCAAUCCAAUUCUCGGGUCAGGUGAUCACUGCCGGCCUUGUCUUUGUCCAGAUGGCCCCAACAGUGGACGCCAAUUUGCUAGCAGUUGUUACCAGAGCCAAGAUUCCCUCCAAGUUUCUUGUGCAUGCAGCGAGGGAUAUGCAGGUGCCAGGUGUGAUGACUGUGCUCCAGGUUACUAUGGUAACCCAGAGGAAGUAGGAGGAGUGUGUAAGCCGUGCCAAUGUAACAACAAUAUUGACAUGUUGGAUUCGGGUUCCUGUGAUGCACGUACAGGAAUUUGUCUGAAAUGCCUCUACCACACUGAGGGUGGAAGCUGCGAGCGAUGCAAGCUUGGCUACUACGGAGAUGCUCUGACACAAACCUGCAGAAAGUGUGUUUGUAACUACCUGGGUACAGUGAAUGAUACCUGCCCCUCUUCAAAUGAAUGCCACUGUGACCUCAACAGUGGUCAGUGCCAGUGUCUCCCGAACGUGAUUGGGCAGAAUUGUGAUCAGUGUGCUACAGACACUUGGAAUCUGGCCAGUGGGAAUGGGUGUGAGGAUUGUGACUGUGAUGAAACACGUUCCUUUGGAUCAUCUUGCAAUGAGUUAACAGGUCAAUGUGUGUGCAAGCCUGGAUUUGGAGGUCGUGCUUGCAACAACUGCCAGGAGCUUUUUUGGGGAGAUCCUGCUGAGGAAUGCAAAGCUUGUGACUGUGAACCCAGUGGCGUCCAGACACCCCAGUGUGACCGCACUGAUGGGAACUGUAUCUGCGAAGAAGGAAUCGCAGGUCCGCGUUGUGAUAAAUGUGCUAGAGGCUACUCUGGCGUUUUCCCAGACUGUGUGCAAUGUCAUCGGUGCUUUGCUGAGUGGGACGUUAUCAUUGGAGACCUAACCAAUAAGACCCACAAGCUUGUGAAGAAAGUGAACUCCAUCAAAGCAAGUGGCAUUACUGGACCCUACCAAGACACAGUAAACGCAAUCGAGCAAAGGGCCGAUGAUAUCAGAAGUCUUCUAGCUCAGAAUCCUGCCGCCCAGCCUCUCAAUGACAUUCAAAACCUCCUGGAAGAGGCAGAGAAACUGAUCACGGAAGUUAACAAAAAUGUACAAAAUAUAGAACUGGAACUUGCUGCUACGUCAGCCAAUAACAACAACACAAACACUGAGCUAGAUGACCUUCAGAAAGAAUCUCAGAAUUUGAACAAAGUGGUUAAUGACUUGGCAGAGCAGCUGGAAUUUGUCAAGAAUUCUGACAUCCAAGGAGCUUUAGACAGUGUCAACAAGUAUUUUCAGCAGUCUAUGGAUGCUGAAUCACGGGUAAAUACUUCCACUACUGACCCAGAUAACACAGUAGAACAAUCCUCUGCCAUUCGCCAGCAAGUGGAAGACUUAAUUAAUGAGACUCGGAUUCAGUUUGAGGAAAACCAAGAGAAUUAUACUAAACAUUUAGAUGAUCUUGCUGCUCAGCUACAAACCCUAGACCUGUUUGAAGUCAAUGAAAAGACUUGUGGAAGUUCUGGAGCCUCUUGUACUGAAGGACAGUGUGGGGGUUUAAGCUGUCGUGAUGAAGAUGGAACCAUGAAAUGUGGAGGCGAGGGCUGUGAUGGUCUUGUUACUUUGUCUCACAAUGCUUGGAAGAAAGCUGUGGACUUUGACAGAGAAAUUCUAAAUGCCUUGGCAGAGGUGGACCAACUGUCUAAAAUGGUUUCUGAGGCAAAACUGAAAGCUGAUGAGGCCAAGCUAAAUGCACAGGAAGUUCUCCACAAAACAAACUCAACCAAACAGAAAGUGGAUAAAAGCAACGAAGACCUAAGAAAUUUAAUCAAGCAAAUCCGCGAGUUCUUGACACAGGAUGGUGCGGAUCUUGAAAGCAUUGAGGCUGUUGCUAACGAAGUGUUGAAAAUGCAGAUGCCUACUACCCCGCAACAGCUUCAGGAAUUAACUGAUGACAUUAGGGAGCGAGUGGAAAGUUUGUCUGAUGUGGAGAUAAUCUUGAACCAGAGUGCUGACGAUAUUCACAGAGCUGAGACUCUGCUUGGUGAUGCCAGAAAAGCAAGUAAAGAAGCAACAGAUGUCAAGAAUACAGCUGACAUGGUAAAGGAAGCCCUGGAGGAAGCUGAAAAAGCCCAGAAUGCUGCAGAGAAAGCAAUUAAACAGGCUGAUGUUGACAUUAGAGGGACUCAGGAUUUGUUGACCUCGAUUGAAUCAGAGACUGCAGCUUCAGAGAGCAGACUAAACAAUGCAACCCAAAGACUUGCUCAGCUGGAGAAGGAUAUUGGUGAUCUAAAACAGAAGGCAUCUGACAACACAGACACGGCUGAAGAGAUUGAGAAAUCGGCAGAUAAAGUUAAGCAUGAUGCAGAGGAAGCUAAAAGGGAAUUGGAUGAUGAACUGAAGAACAAAUAUGAUGAUGUAGAAGUUCUAAUAGUCCAAAAGUCAGAAGGUGUGGCUGAUGCAAGGCAGAGGGCAGAGGCACUUCAAAAUGAAGCAAAACAAUUGCUAUCGCAUGCUGGCGGCAGACUCCAGGAACUAAAAGAUUUAGAGAAAACAUAUGAAGAUAACCAGAAAACCUUAGAAGAUAAAGCAAAGCUUUUAGUUGAGCUUGAGGAGGCAGUACGCUCACUUUUGCAGAUUAUCAGCCAGAAAGUUGCUGUAUAUAGCACCUGCUUGUAACAAACAUGAUGCUUUUCCAUGAAUAAUAUACCUAAUGAGUGAAGUAUAUUCUUAAAGCUUUAAGAAAGCAGGUCCAACAUUAACUAAUGAAAUGUGCAAUUAAACAAAAAAAAUCCAAAGAGAAUGCAUUUUUACAAUAUAUUUGACAAGUAAUGUUUGUAAAGAAACCAGGGUCAAAGGGACCAAAUGCUAUAAUUGUAUUGUAAAACAUGCACAAACAUUUUGUAAAAGUCCAGUCAUUAUUAAAGGUGUUUUUAAAGAAA